CGCGUCAGACGCAGCCGCAUUGUUGUGGGGGAAGAGAAGUCCUGCUGCCGCUGAGCGGCGUUACUUCUAAACUGGUCUCUCGUUGUUCCAUCGGUCCGGAUUUGACCCGAACGCGCCCAGAAGCUUAGAGCCGGUUCCGGUCGCCCUGGACCCCCGCCGGCCGCCUCCUGUGGGUUCAGCUGGGGCCGCGGUCCCCCUCUGAUGGCCUGACGGUGGAUAGACCUGCUGCUGUGUUCUGCAGGCCGCGCCGCCAUUGCUUCUGCUUCUUUAAACGGAAUUAGUAGAAAUCUCAGAGGAUUCAAAGAAGUCCAUCAUGAAGAAGAAGAAUAAAAACCGCCGUCCUCCCUCCCUAAAGAGGGAAUCCUCUCCCAUCAAGCCCUCGCCCAACAGGGAGACUCUCACAUAUGCGCAGGCCCAGCGGAUGGUGGAGCUGGAGGUGGACGGCCGGGUGCACCGGCUCAGCAUCUACGACAAGCUGGACGUCAUCUCUGAUGACGACCCCACAGCUCAGGAGAUCCUGGAAUGCAACAGCAACAAGGAAAACAACGAGAAGCCCCAGCAGGUCCUGGUCCGCUCAGUGCGCCUCAAAAUGAACCAGCAGAAGAAGAGCGCCGCCCUAAUCACCUCACAUGGCAGCGUCACUGGCGGCCUCCCCGAGCCAAAGGUCAGGAUUGUGGAGUACAACCUGCCGGUGGUGCCCAAGAGGCCAGCUGCUUAUUACAAAUACUCUGAGAAGACAGUGGAGGAGCUUGACGAAGAGGUGGAGUACGACAUGGACGAGGAAGACUACGCCUGGCUCGACAUCAUCAACGACAAGAGAAAGAGUGAAGGGAUUGGUCAGGUGUCACACAACCUGUUUGAAUUCCUUCUAGACCGUUUCGAGAAGGAGUCUUUCUUGGCCACGCAGGGGCAGAGUGAUCUCCAGUCGCUGGUGGAUGAGGACGCCGUCUGCUGCAUCUGCAUGGACGGAGAUGGAGCCGACAGCAACGUCAUCCUCUUCUGCGACUCGUGCAACAUCGCUGUGCACCAGGAGUGUUACGGCGUGCCGUACAUCCCAGAGGGUCAGUGGUUGUGCCGCCAUUGCCUGCAGCGUCCAUCGCGGCCGGCCGAGUGCCUCUUCUGCCCAAACCGAGGAGGUGCUCUGAAAAAGACAGACGACGACCGCUGGGGCCAUGUGGUGUGUGCCAUGUGGGUCCCAGAAGUCGGGUUCUCCGACACGGUUUUCAUAGAGCCCAUCGAUGGCGUCCGAAACAUCCCACCGGCCCGCUGGAAACUUACCUGUUACCUGUGCAAGGCCAAGGGCGCCGGGGCGUGUAUCCAGUGCGACAAGAUAAACUGUUACACCGCCUUCCACGUCAGCUGCGCCCAGAAGGCGGGCCUUUACAUGAAGAUGGAACCGGUGAAAGAGCUGACCGAGACAGGCACUGCCACCUUCUCUGUUAAAAAAACCGCUUACUGCUGCAGCCACACGCCCGAUGGCUGCGACCGCCGGCCUCUCAACGUCUACGACGAGCUCCAUCCCAAGAACGGAGCUUGUCAUAAGCGUGCGGACACCAGGGGCAAACCUCGAGCUAAGAGUUGGCAGAAGAAAAAACUGAAAAAAGCACAGCCAGAAGCCGAAGUGGAAGCGGAACCUCAGGCUAACCCCGGGCCCAGCAUCACUGCAUCAAGUUUUGACACCAUCCUGAACCAGGUGGCCGUACAGAGGAAGCGGCAGUUUGUGGAGCGGGUGUUGAGCUACUGGGUGCUGAAGAGGCAGUCCAGGAACAACGUGCCUCUGAUCCGCCGCCUGCAGGCCAACCCACAGCCCUCCAAGGCUCAGCAGCAGAAGGAGCGGAUGGAGACCAACCAGGCGCUGAAGGAGCAGCUGAAGGUGUGGCACCGUCUGCGCCAUGACCUGGAGCGAGCUCGGCUGCUGCUGGAACUCAUCAGGAAGAGGGAGAAGCUGAAGAGGGAGGAGAUGAAGGUCCAGCAGUCGGUCCUGGAGCUGCAGCUGACUCCUUUCAACAUCCUGCUGAGGACCGUGCUAAGUCAGCUGCAGGAGAAGGACCAGUACAGCAUCUUCGCCCAGCCUGUCAGCAUCAAGGAGGUCCCAGACUACCUGGACCACAUCAAACAUCCCAUGGACUUCUCCACUAUGAGCAAACGGAUCGACUCCCACUGCUACCACAGCCUGGACCAGUUUGAGGAGGACUUUAACCUCAUCAUCAGUAACUGCAUGACGUACAACGCCAAGGAAACCUUCUUCUACAAAGCGGCUCAGAGGAUGCUGGACCAUGGAGGAGUCAUCCUACGGAGAGCCCGCAGAGAGGUGGCCAGGAUCGGCUUCGACUUCCCCAGCUGCUUGCAUCUAGCUGAGGCCCCGAAGCCUGAGCCGGCUCCUCCGUUCUCCUGGGAGGACGUGGAUCGUCUGCUGACCCCGACCUACCGCCAGCAAACUCCUCUGGAGGAUCAGCUGAAGGAGCUCCUAGAGAAGCUGGACCUGAGCGCCGCCAUGAAGCACAGCCCGUCCCGCACCAAGAGGCUCAAGCUGCUGAAGAAGACCAUCAUGGAGGUCCGCUGCCAGAUCAGCCUUAAGAAGUCACACCCGCCACCCCCUACCUCCCAUCUCCCGCCGUGCCCCCCGCAGCCGGAGGAGGAGCCGCCUCCCCUUGGCACAGCGGACUCCUUACCUCCACUAACAUUGGAGCGUUUAAGCUCCUCCCCUCAGGCUGACGGCUCGGCCCCACCCUCUCUGAAGCCCGUCACCCCUCUUUCAGAGCAAACCCCCACUCUUGAUGACGACAGCGGCUCAUCUACCUCAAAACCCCCACAUAACGCCAUCAGAUCCCUUCCAGACCAGCCUGUACCCAGCAGUGACCUCAGCAGGAACCAGCAGACCGCCAUCUUCUUCCAGAAGGCAAAGAGUGCCAGCCCUCAGAAAUCGCCGCCCCCCCUGGGAGCCAAGACCUUCCUGUCGGUGGUUAUCCCUCGACUGGAGACCCUGCUUCUCCCCAAGAAAAGGAGCCGUAGCAGCAGCGCUGAGGAGGAGGAGGAGGAGCCUCCCAUCAAACGUCUCGGCACAGGGUUGACCAACGGCUUCGUGGUGGAGCAGAAGGAGGAUUCUCUGUCUCCUCGCGUCCUGGAGCCGCGGAGGCGCUGCGCCUCCGAAUCCAGCAUCUCCUGCAGCAGCAGCAUCUGUGGCUCCAGUGCUGUCAUGGUGUCUAAAGGGGUCAAAGGUCGCCCUGCCAUGGCCCGACGAAGCACCGUGGAUGAAAGAAGCUCCCUGAUGACCUGCAUGGAGAGACGGGAGAUCUCCAGAACUACCAAAGUCUCCUCAGAUCGUGAAUCCAAGAGUUCGGAAGACAUGGUUUCAUCACAGCAGGGCGGAGCCUCCCAUCCCGCCAUCGGACGUCCUCAGAGCCGCAGAGCCGAUGCAGUUCAGGUCCGCAGAGAAACUCUUCCUCGUCCGCUCCUUCGACAGCAAGCGCAGCUGGCAAUGGCUUCCUAGAUCCGAGAUGGCUCCCUUUGGGAUCAGCCAGAGCCUGAACAGGACAAAGCUGACGGAGGCUAGUGCUUCUAUCAGAAGAGCGGUCCGCCUGGCCUUCGAUGGAGCUUUGCAGCAACUAAACGGUGCUGUGGAGCCGGGGCACGGCGGCGGCUGAACUCCACCAACAAUCCCUCCAUCUUUACUGACUGCCUCAUGCGCACAACCCACGCUCAUGUUUACCACGUCCUCUAGGUGGAGCCCUGCUGCUUAGCGUGUGUCUGAUCUUCUGUCAAAGAGCUAUGCAAAAGAACACCUCAGCGGGGGCCGCCUCCAGCUGGACCCGGUGGUUGAGUCGGAGCUCGACCUCUGACCACUGGAUCUGAGCUGCUGCACCAGCGCCACUGCCACAACCCCUCAGCCUGUUGGUGUGAAGCAGCAGCUGCUCUUGUGAUCAUCCCACACUAAUUUAUUCACUCCUCGGUUGGCGGAUCUCUCCCCUCAGAGGAGCUCCUUCUGGUGCUAUCUCCACUGGGAGAACAAACUGGACUGGUUUCAGUUUUUCUAACUUAUUGACGUCUUUUGCAUCAUCUUGUUUCUGGCAUUAAUUCUGUGUGCAUCUUUUUUAUGGAAAUGUUUUUACUGGACUGUUCCAUGUUUCUGUUUGUUUGUAGAUAUUUAUAUGAAAUCUAUAUAGAAGCUCUUAAAGUGCAUCAUUCACAGCGAAUCACAUGGGGAUCUUCAGGUUUGGAGCCUUUCUGUUUGGUUCAAACGUUGCAUCAGCAUCUCCUCCAGGUGAGCCUCGGCUCGGCAGGCGAAGAAGCAGAGAACGUGCCUCUACUAAUUUAUUGUGAAGCAGAAGCUGGAGAUGCAUCACUUUAUACUGCUGGGCCUCCUGUGGUGUGCUUUUCUGCUUUGGACCGAUGGCAUUAAUGUUUUCCUUUGACAGUCUGGCGUGUGUGGACUUCCUGUUUGUUUCCAGCCCUCCUGGAUGUUUGCUAUAAAUAGAUUUGGUACUUUACUUGAUUCUCUGGGAACAAACUCACACGGUCCCAGCCAAUGGGAGCAGCUCUCUGCAGGCUGCUGGGAUUUUUAUACGAAAACACUGAAAAAUAAAACCUCAUUCAAAUACUGA